CAAUUGGCCACUUGCACUUUUUACCCAAUAAAUACCCUCUUCUCCUUCUUCAAGAAACUCAUUGCUCUCUCCAAAUACCAAAACUGAUACUACAGAACAAAGCAAGGAGAUGCUGAAGAUGUUAUCUGUGUUACGACGAAACCUCCAAAGUCUUCGAAAAAGCCCGCGUGUUGCUGACGAAAGUGCGUUGCCUUCAACGACCGUUAACGGAGACAGGAGAGCAAACGGCGUGAUGAUGAAGUUUCCGUUAAAGAUCAUGUCAUGCUUUGCAGUUCCACGUGGUAGCAGGGCUGAUGGUGUGUGGGUGUCGGGAGAUUACGGAAAGGUCUCGGAGGUUAACCAUCUCAUGGUUUGUGAUGGCAUGAGAUACGCUCUCUUGAUGUAAUUAUCCACUUUUUGUCUCUAUACUCUAGCUAGUAAUACAUCGAUCGAUCGUUCUUCAGUACCCAUUUGGUUUGCUUCUUCUUUUGUUGAUGGAUGGUUUUAGUUACUAUUUAGGGAAUCUAGGGAGAGAUAUACAGUGGGUUUUCACCUUUUUUUCUUUUCUUGCGUCCAUGAGGCGUUUGUUAAUCCAGAAGAUUUCAUAGGAAUAUUUAACUUUUCUCUUUAGCAAAAAAAAUAUUUUAAAUUUUCUUUA